GCACAGAUGUGUUGACUUCCUGUUUCUGUGAGAGAGAAGCAUGCAGUGCCAGUGAGGGUGAGGUGAGUGAAAGACUGAAUUACUGGAACAAGCUGUAGCGCAAUCACUGUGAUUCUAUUGAGUUUAUGAGAAGUGAAGAAAAGCUGCAUGCGAGCUUGAAGGUUACUUCUUGGGCUCCUUUUUAAGCUGGAGGGGGAAAGUAAAAGGAAAACAGAAACAGAAGGGGGGGAGGAAGAUAAGUGUCAAUCUGUUCAAACUUGUUUGGGAAUUUGAGAAGGGCGGGAGGAGGGGAUGAGAGAGAGAGAGAAAAAGAGAGAAAGAGAGGGAGGAACACUGCGAAUCUUUUUACUUUGUUAAAACCUAUUUUUGCUUAUGUGAACACAUUAAGUAGGACAGAGGCAGGCUGGAUAAUUAAAUCAGAGUUUUCAGUAGAGCAUUUAUCACACUCAACUUUGGUUCUCUCAGUGGGCAAACACUGAUAUGUGGAAUGUCUGUGAGUUGUGCAAUUCCUGCUAGCUUCACUUUGUCAAGAAAGCAAAGGAAAAGUUGGAGAGAGACAGAGAAGCAUCCCCCAAGACACUUCUCAGGUUCUCUAUGUUGCAAUGGAAACCAGUCAAAUUAAUUGGGCCAUCCAAGACACUGUGCAGAUACAGUCCUCUUAAGGUGCACUAGACAGGUUGUCGAUCAAGUGCAAACUGUGACCUGAUUCCUUGAGCUAAUUGACAAAGUUGACCUGGGUGAAAAAGAGACUUGUAAACACAGAAAGAUGGACAAAACAAGAGAAAAAGAAAUGGAGCCAGACACAUGUGAUGGGAUUAGAGACAGGGAGAGAUUUCUUGCAACCCGAAGAAGAGAUGGAGAGAUUGACUGCAGAGAAAGAGAGAGGCGGAGAAAUGGAGAUCGAUGUGCAAAUGGAAGCUCAUCAGUGUCAGAGCAGGCUGAGUAUGGAGAUCGAUACAAUGAGAGGAGAAAAGGGGACACUUUUCCAAAGAUGACAAAACCAAACAGAGUGAGAGACAGAAGGACACCACUUACAGACUAUGAAAGAGAGCGUCACAUGGGAAGACCGAAGGACAUACUGUAUGAAAAGGAAAGGAGGAGAUACAGAGACAUAGACAUGCGGCUUGAAAGAGAAAUUGAAAGAAACAGGGAGGAGCUGAGGAGAAAUGAAAUGAGAAGGCCCGUAAAGGAGGAGCCAGAUAGACAGAGGGAACGAGACAGGGAGUUUGACUCAGGAAUGAGAGAUAGAAGGAGAGAAAGUUAUCCAGGGGUCAGUGACCUUUCAGGCAUGAGGGAAAGAGAGACAGACAGAGACAGAGAAAGACAUCGACAAAGAGAAAGAGAGGGCAGAUAUUAUCCUCGGCUCAUGGAAAGAGAGACAGAGAGCUUUUCAGACAGGGAAAGGAGGACUGAUAGACAAAGAGAUGGAGAGAGUUCUAGGAAAAGAGAUACAAAAAGUGAAGGAGACAGUGAUGGAGACAGGGGUAAGGAAAGGAAGAGAGAAGAAGAUGCUACACAUAGACACAAAUUCUACAAGAGUGAAGGAGACAGUGAUGCAGGGCGAAGGGCAGACAAAGUUAAAGAGAGAGAGAGACGUAGAGAGAGAGAAGCCGAAAGAUGGCGAGACAAGGCAGUAAGAGGAAGAGAUUAUCGAGAGACGGGUUACCAUGAUCCAAAAGUAGAAAAUUCAGAACGACUCAAAGAGACAGAUAAACCAAGAGAUAGAACGAGAGACUCCAAAGACAAAAGAAUGGACAGAGAUGCUUACUUAUACACAACUGAAAGAAGAAGGUAUAGGGCUGGAGAAAAGAUAAGAGAUAGGGAUAGGUAUUCUGAAAAAGAGAUUGAAGAGAGGGAGAGGCGGAGGAAAGAGUACAAAGAGACAGGGAGAAGUAAAAUGGAGAAUAGUGGAGAGCUGAUUUCAGGAAGUGAUAUUGAGAAUGAAAAAAGGAGGACAAUGAGAGAGAACCUUGAGGACAGAGACAGAGAAAACACAUCUGAGAUUGAUAAAGAGAGACUGGAGGAAAGAACAGAGGAAGAGCAAGAAGUAAGGAUUACACCGAGGGAAGAAAAGAAGAGUGAAAGCUUUGCUGCUGAGGAAGCAGUUACAAAGAAACCUAAGAACAGGAUAAGAAAAAUGUGGCUGGAACCUCGAAGUGAGAGAAAAGAAUCUUGUUUAAAAGAGGACACAGAGAGAGAGAGAGAAAGAGAGAGGUACAUCCAAAGAUACAAAGAAAGCAUGACAACAGGAAAUGAAGAAGAGCCUGAGAGAAGGAAACCAAGCAAGAGCAAAUGUCUUGAGGACAAGUAUAGAGAACUUGAAAGGGCUGGAGAGUUCAUGAGGGAUGUGGAUGUAGAAAGGGAGGAGAAGAGGAUGGAAGGGGACAUGGCUUAUGAUAAAGAAGCCAUGGAAUCAGAGUGGCAGAUGGAAAGAGAGAAUGUGGCCGAUAACUUGGAAGAAAAUGAUAGAGAUGAACAGAGAAGCAAUAAUAGAUAUGACUAUUUGGAGAAUGAGGAAGGAAGUGAGGGAGAAUCGGAAGCAGAGAAGAACAGAAUGAUGUCAGCAGAUGACGGAUUUGUAACAGUCUCCAGUGGAGGGGAUGAUGCGGAGGAAGAGGAUUUUGAAGACUGCAAAGAAUUCUGGGAAGGUGGAGUUCCCAAAGCUAUCUCUGGACACUCGGGAACUACAGAGGACACAGAAAAUGGGGCAAAUGAAGCUCCAAAAGGACCCCUAAGAGUCUUUUGUGUGAUUGGUCAGACCCAUCCCACGUCACAAACCAAUGAGAAUUCAUAUGCACAUCCUACUGUUGAAGAGGCAGCCAAACAGCAUUCAUGUCAUAACAUGGGCACUCAAGGUGAAAUGAGCAUAAAUGAAGCAUUUGAAAAGGUUGAACACUGUGAACAGGACAUCGAAAGAGCAAUGGCUGACCUCAGUCUUUGUCCUAAUGAGGACAAAGGGGAGGGAGCAGGGAGUAAUGACCAGACAACAGAGGGCGUAACAUCACUGGAAGGCCAAAUGAUUCCUCCCAGUGAGCGAUCAGAACAAGACACCCAACUCUUCCUACCAGAGUCUUCUGAAACUUCAGGGCCAUCCAAGGAUAAUGGUCAUGGGGGAACAGAGACUCAUAGUGAAGACACAAUACAAAGAGGAGCAAAAGAACCUACCGGAGACCCAGUGGAGCAUUCUGGUUCUGAUGAGACAUGGAGCACAUCUGAGGAACGAAAGCGAUGCUCUACUGCUCCUCACCUUAGUUGGGCCAAGAACGUGGUGAGAGAGAUCCUGGGUCGAAAGUCGGUGGACACAGAAAAUGCAAGAGGUAGUGUGACACACAUAGACACGCAAACCAACACACAAACAGAGGGUGAGAGAGAAAUGGACGAAUCAAGGAAAGAGGAAGAAAUAAUAGAGGGAGGAGAAGAACAACAGGGAGGGAUGGAGAGAGAGUUGAAUGCAAACCGUGACUGGCUGGAUCCUAGUUCUAACCAGCACACGGUUUCCUCAGAAGGAGAGGCAGAGGGGAAGGUAGAAGAAGUAUCUAAGAAGAAAGAGAGUAAAGAGGAAGUUGUUCUAAGCUCUAGUAGUUUUCGAGAUUUGGGAAAUGAGGCUCGCACGAGGAGGCGAGGGUUUCGAAAGUCAGCGGAGAAAACCAAAGAAGAGGAAGAGGUUGAGGAAGAGGAAGAGGGAGUUGGAAGGGACCGCAGGACGAGAAUAUUCAACAAAUCAGAUGAUAAAGAGGACGAAUUAUGUCUUACCUGGAGUGAAAUGGAUCUAAGGAAACUUGGGAGGACAAGAAAGAGGAAUUCGAAAUUCUUUAACUCUCAGUUGUAUCAGGAGUACAGUGAGGUGGUCCAGAACAGAGAGAUUCUGCUGUCUCAUUCUGAUUCUCUAUCAAUAAGUUCAUCUUCCUCUCCAAAUCAUUCCCCUAAGUUAUCACGCAGACCUCUCCCACCUCUCCCUCAAGUCCUCCAAUAUCAGAGAUUGAUGGACGAGAGUCAUGAAUUCCGUAGAGUUGUGGAAAAGUUGGAGCGUAACCCGGUUUGUCAACGACUGCCCCUACGGUCUUUCCUCAUUCUGCCAUUUCAAAGAAUCACACGCCUCAAAUUGCUUGUGCAGAAUAUUGUAAAGAGAACUGCUCCGAAAACCAAGGAUGAAGCACAGGCCAUUAAGGCCAUGAAACUACUUGAGAAGAUGAUCCAGGACGGUAAUGAAAGUAUCUCUCAAAUGAAGAACAUUGAGUCACUUGUGACCCUCAAUGCCAAAGUUGACUUUGAGUGCAGGACUCUUCCAUUGAUCAGUCAGUCCCGCAGACUGGUACGAGAGGGACCUGUGACUGAACUGAGAGACUUUUCUCUGAAAGACAGGGAAGAAGAGAGAAAUGUUUAUAUGCACCUUUUCAAUGACUAUCUCCUAGUCUCUUUGCGGAAAGAAGGGGGUAGGUUUACAGUUAUCGAUCAUGCACCUGUGUCAGACCUGCGGGUUGAGAACUGCAGGUUUAAACUGCAUUCCUUACAAAAAAACCUGUUCCAUCUGCACAUGCCACAAAAGGCCCUGCUCUUGCGGACAGAUACCCAAGCCAAUAAAUUGCGUUGGAUAUCAGCGCUCUCACGUCCUUAUCCUGAGAUUGACUUCAGUGCAGUUCAGGACAUUUCACAAGUGCAGUGCAUCAGAGCAUUUGUUGCCCAGCAACCAGAUGAGCUAAGUUUAGAGAAAGCUGAUGUUCUGUUAGUUCACCAGCAGAGUAGUGAUGGCUGGGUGGAAGGAACUCGUCUGUCAGACAGACAACGUGGUUGGGCCCCUGAGUCUCAUCUGGAGACAAUAGUCAGUGACAAAGCAAGAAAGCGCAAUCUGCUGGACACCAUGAAAAUUGCUUCAGCUGCAAUGUGAAGCAAUAUGUAUUGCCUUCAAUGUUCUCAGGUGGACUUUUUCAAUUACAAUUUUUUAGUAUUACUUUAAAGCCUUCAAGAAUUUUAAGGAUUUAUGUCUCAACUUCAUGGGAAGUUUCUAUUUAUUUUGUGUAUACACUCAAGCUGAUAAGGGUGAUGUGGGUGUGAUGGCCUCACCCAUGUCAGGGUACUACUCCACACCCUGCAAAAGGGUCUGGCAAGAUGCUGAAUUACAGCAACUGAACUUCUUAGAUACCUUAUGGACAUUGACGGACUUUGCAAAUGGCACAAAUGCAUCCAUAUGCAGUACCUGCUCCAAAUGAGUAUCUAUGCAGCUUCCAUAGUGUUUCUAUAAGACUUUCUUAAAAUUUGGAAGUAGGGAGUCAUUCAUGGGCAGAGAUUUGGACUACAGUCUGUUGUCCUCAAUCUGAGCAAGCCAUCUCACUGAGGAACCACGACAGCUGGAUAUAAGACAUAAGCUGGAUCUAAGUCGGCGUGUAACGCUGAAUACUGCACCAAAGCUACUUGUUCUCUGUUAUUUAUAAACAUCAGAUCCCCUUCAGCGUGGAAUAUAAAUGCUGUCGGACUGCAGCCUGAUGGGAAUACAGUUUGAAGAGUUGUUGGUGUGCACUAGGGCACAAGAUGCAAAAGGACAAAUUAUUAAUAGCUGUGAAAAACAGUUUAAAACAGACUUUAGCAAAGUGCAAAUUUUAUUUAGGAUCAAGAAUUAUGGAUGCCUACUUUUUAAGACCAAAAAGUGUACAAUACCCAAGCUUGUCUACAAUGUACAUAAUAUAGGUUUUUAACAUAAAAGCUAAAAGUAUUAUUUUUCAUGGAGUAAUUCCAUCUCUGCUUCCUGUUCAAACUGAUUAGCAUAUAACUGUAAUAUGCCUUAAAAAAUAAACAGAUAAUUAGUUUCCUGAAAGAACAUUUCAUGGUUUAGCAGAUGGGGUUUUUAGUCUUAUCAAGUGCACUUUGAAGAAUUAUGGGAAGGACAUUAGGUGGCAAGAGCUUAAGAAAGAAGAAUCGGAAUGAAAGAGUAAAGUGGCACAGGAUUCAGUAGGAAAUCAAAUGCUUUAGUGUGAUUUACAAUACGACGAAUCAAUGAACAUUUCAUUAUGUUUCUUUAAGUAUGACAAAAAAGACCAGACUAUAUAAACAGCUUCUUGGCUAUAUGGAAAU